AUGGCGGCUCCUUCUCUGCAUGCCGACACACCCAAGCCGUAUGCGAGUGAUUCUGACGGGCAGACUGCCAUGCCAGAUCAGCCCGGAGAUACCACGACCAACAGCAGCUUGGCAAAAGGAGACAAGGCCGGAGGAUCGUCGUCGUCGUCGUCGUCCAAUAAUGGCUCGCCUGGGCGUAGCUUUAUUCGCGUCUUCAGCUACACGGACAGCCUCGGUUGGUGCAUGAAUGGCGUUGCCCUGUUCUGCAUGAUAGCCUCUGGCUCGCUGCUGCCGCUCAUGGACGUCGUCUUUGGCCGCUUCGUCACCGUUUUCAACAACUACAUUGUCGGCACGAUAUCGGCUGAUGAGUUUCGCGAGGAUCUCAAUUAUUACACACUCUUCUUCGUCUACCUGUUUAUAGCCAAGUUCAUCUUUGUCUACAUCUGGACCACGCUCUUGGCAGCCAACGCCAUUAGGACAACGCGAGCGCUCCGCAUCGACUUCGUCAAGCACACGCUGCGGCAAGAGAUAGCCUUCUUCGACUCGGCCGAGGGCGGGUCUGUGUCGGGCCAUGUGACGACCAACUGCAACCUGGUCAACCAGGGCAUCUCGGAGAAGCUUGGGCUGGCCAUCGAGGCGAUGUCGACCUUCGCAGCCGCCUUUGUCGUGGCCUUUAUCGUGCAGUGGAAGCUGACGCUUAUCACGGCGGGCAUCGUGCCGGCCAUCGUCGUUACCGCGUGCAUCGGCAUGAUCAUCGACACCCAGCAGGAGAACCGCAUCAUGACCAUCAACUCGCGCGCCGGCCGGCUCGCCGAGGAGAUCUUUGCCAGCAUGCGCACCGUCCACGCCUUCUGGGCCUUCCCCAAGCUGGCUAGCAACUACGAGGUCGUGCUCGACGAGGCCCGCGCCGUCGGACGGAAGAAGGGGCCCAACAUGGCCUUCUUGUUCUGUAGCGAGUUCUUCUGUGUUUACUCGGGCUACGCUCUCGCCUUUUGGCAGGGUAUCAGGAUGUAUCACAGUGGCGAGAUUUCCGAGCCCGGGAAGAUUAUCACGGUCAUCUUCGCCGUGCUUCUGGCGGCGACCGCGCUGACGCAGAUCGCGCCGCAAACUGUCGUCAUCUCCAAGGCCGCGUCGGCCGCGGACCAGCUCUUCAGCAUUAUUGACCGCGAGUCCAAGAUUGACGCACUGUCCGACGAGGGCGCCCGGCCGGACGAGCUGCGCGGAGACAUCGAGUUCCGUAACGUCGAGUUUGCCUACCCUUCGCGGCCCAACGUGCCAGUCCUAAAGGGCCUGGACGUCAGCAUGCCGGCCAACAAGACGACGGCCAUUGUCGGCGCGAGCGGGUCCGGUAAGAGCACCGUCGUGGGGCUGAUUGAGCGCUGGUUCACUCCGCUGGGCGGCGCCGUGACGCUCGACGGCCGGUCGAUUGACGAAUACAACCUCCGGUGGCUGCGGACAAACAUCCGGCUCGUGCAGCAGGAACCUGUCAUGUUCAACGGCACCAUCUUCGAAAACGUCGCCAACGGCCUGUCCGGAACGAAGCUGGAGGAUCUCGACGACGAGCAGAAGCUGAAGCUCGUCGAGGACGCGUGCCGCGCGGCAUAUGCGCACGAAUUCAUCGAGAGGCUGCCCGAGGGAUACUACACGCCCAUCGGCGAGCGCGGCGCCAUGCUCUCGGGCGGGCAGAAGCAGCGGCUGGCAAUUGCGCGCAGCGUCAUCUCUGACCCGCGCGUGCUGCUGCUGGACGAGGCGACGAGCGCGCUGGACCCAACCGCCGAGCACGUCGUGCAGAAGGCCCUCAACAACGUGGCCGCCGGCCGCACCAUGGUCGUCAUCGCCCACCGCCUGUCGACGGUCCGCACCGCCGAUAACAUCGUCGUCAUGGGCGCCGCCGGCGCUGGUGUCGUUGAGCAAGGUACCCACGCCGAACUCAUCGCCCGCGGCGGCGCCUACGCGCGGCUCGUCCUCGCGCAGGACCUCGGCGAGGACCGCCGCGACAGCGACGGCGAGGACGAGUUUGCAGAUGCGGAAAAGGACGGACAACCUCCCGGCGGCACGGACCAUGGUGGUGUGGACGAGGCGGUGCCUACGCAGGCGGUGGAAGCAGCAGCAGCAACGGCAGCAACAGCAACAGCAACAGCAACAAGUGCCACAGUUCUUUCACCCGCCGCAAAGGAUGCUAAAAGCCACGACCUCAAUCUCUUGAAGUGCCUAUACAUCAUCGUUCUAGAGCAGAGGGAAUUGUGGCUUGUUUUUGGCGUCUUUCUUCUUGCCUGCAUCCUUGGAGGUGCAACAUAUCCCGCCCUGGCGAUCCUGUUCUCGCGCACCUUAGACACGUUCACUCUGACGGGCGACGCCAUGACCGAGCGUGGCGACUUCUUCGCCCUUAUGUUCUUCGUCGUGGCUCUGGGCAACCUCGUGGCGUAUGCGGCGCUGGGCUACUGGUGCAACACUAUCGCGCAGGACAUUGUCAAGUCGUACCGGCUCGAGAUCUUCAACAGCGUGCUGCGGCAGCCCAUGGCCUUUUUCGACCGCCCGGAGAACAAGACGGGGGCGCUAGUGUCGCACCUAGCCAGCGAGCCGCAGAGACUGCAGGAGCUGCUGUCGUUCAACCUGGGGCUGCUGGUCAUCAUCACCAUCAACCUUGUGUCGAGCUGCGUGCUGGCCAUCGUCGUCGGCUGGAAGCUGGGGGUCGUGCUCGUGUUUGGCGCCCUGCCACCGCUCGUGCUCUCGGGCUACCUGCGGAUCCGCCUCGACUUCAAGCUCGACGCCGACACGGCCGCCCGCUUCGCCGACAGCACCGCCCUCGCUGCCGAGGCCGUCAUGGCCGUCCGCACCGUCGCCUCGCUCGCCCUCGAGCGCGUCGUCAUCGCCCGCUACGAGGCCCGCCUGCGCGACAUUGCCGCCAAGUCGCUCGGCAGCCUCGGCUGGACCAUGUUCUGGUACGCGCUGAGCCAGUCCAUCUCGUUCCUGGCCAUGGGCCUGGGGUUCUGGUAUGGCGGGCGUCUCGUCUCGUUUGGCGAGUACAACAUGACGCAGUUCUAUACCAUCUUCAUCGCCGUUAUCUUUUCCGGACAGGCGGCUGCGACCUUUUUCACCUACAGCACUAGCAUCACCCAGGCCCAGCGCGCGGCCAACUACAUCUUCCGCCUCCGAGCGUCGGUGCCUCCCGACAACAGGGACGACUAUCCGCCCGAGGGCAGCAGCGAGAAAAAGGACGGAGCCGGCGUAUCGCUCGACUGCCGCGAGCUCGAGUUCGCGUAUCCGCAGCGCCCUCACGCCAAAGUCCUCAAGGGCGUGUCGGUCAACGUAUGGGCUGCUCCCAUCUUCUUUCCCCGUCACUACCCCAAACGAGAUACUGACAAUGCACUACCCCAGAUCACACCCGGCCAGUUCGUCGCCUUUGUCGGCGCGUCGGGCUGCGGCAAGACGACCAUGGUCAACCUGCUAGAGCGCUUCUACGACCCGUCGGCCGGCACUGUUAUGUGCGACGGCGUCGACUUCCAGACGGUGCACGCGGGGCAGUACCGGCGCGAGAUCGCUCUAGUGCAGCAAGAACCCGUGCUGUACCAGGGCUCGGUGCGCGACAACAUCGCGCUGGGCGUCGACUCGACAGAACCCGUCUCGGACGAGGCUAUCCUCGCAGCGUGCCGCCAGGCCAACAUCAACGCUUUCGUCGCGUCGCUGCCCGACGGCCUCGCCACGCCGUGCGGCGCGCAAGGCCUGCAGUUCUCGGGCGGCCAGCGCCAGCGCAUCGCCAUCGCGCGCGCCCUAGUCCGCCGCCCGCGCCUGCUGCUGCUCGACGAGGCCACCAGCAGCCUUGACACCGAGUCGGAGCGCGUCGUGCAGGCCGCGCUGGACGCUGCGGCCAAGGGCGGGGAUGGGCAGCAGCGCCGCACGACUGUCGCUGUGGCCCACCGCCUGUCGACUGUUAAGGCCGCCGACCGCAUCUUUGUCUUUUCUCAUGGUAAUGUCGUCGAGGCCGGCUCCCACGACGAGCUGCUCGCUGCCCGCGGCGUCUACUACAACAUGUGUCUGGGCCAGUCGCUAGAUCGGGCGCCGCCGUCAUCAUGUUGA